ACGCCGCGUGCGGAGCCGCUCGUUCAGCACGGGGGAUGAAAAAACGCAACGAAUAUAAACCCCCACAAAACACUGCGCGCGAUGAAGCUCGAGCCGAACGGUGAACGGGGCGCGCGCUGCACGCUAACGGAGCAUCAUCUCAGCCUCAGCCAGGACUAAACACUCAACACACACACACAACACACACAAACAGUUACACGCGAGACACACGCAGACAGGCGGAUUGACGGAUUCUUCUAGACGGCAGCGCGAUAGACGGAGGAGCACGAGCACGAGCAAACCGAGUGAGUGUGGUGUGAGUUCAAGUGUGAGAGUGUUGUGACUUAGUGACAGUCGAGGUCUGUGUGUGUGAGUGUGUGUGUAUGUAUGUGUGUAUGAGUGUGUGUGUGUAGGUGCGCAGCGAUGGAUGAUAAUGUGUAUCAGUCGCUCUCUCGCCCGCGGCCUGGGAUGGAGCUCAGUUACUCCAGCUCCUCUGAGGAAGACGAGGGAGCUGACCUUCGUCACAAGCACUACCGAGACACACACUCACACACACACUCAGACUACGAGCCCGACCGCAGGUUUACCUACAACAGCCACAAAGUGCGCAGAAAACCCAACGAACUGACCCAGAAAGAACCAGCUCAAAUGGCUUUUCCGGACUUUCAAACCGAGCUCCACUCAGCCAAUCAGGAGCUUGCAUAUCCCGGAGGAGGGGCUUCAGUCGGCAUGGCCUCGGACCCUGAGUCGGAGGGCGGAGCUUCCCCUGACCACGCCCUCAGGCUGUGGAUGCAGGAGGUGAAGUCAGAGCGCACGUCUUGCGUUUCGAGCCGAGCGAAUUCCGUCCUGUCCCUGACUGAUACAGAGCAGGAGGGGAGGGGCGAGCAGGACAACGACAAUGAUCUUCCCUCCAGUCCUGUGGCUCGUUUCUCCUUCAGGCCAUUACCCCCUCCGCCCCCUCCCCCCCAUGCCUGUACCUGUGUGCGCCCGGCGCCAUCCGCUGCCCCGGAGCUAAUCCAGAGAAACACGCUGCCGGCCCGCGGACACCAGAGCGAGUCCAGCAAAACAGCGCAGGAUGACAGCGGCCAAUCAGAAAACACCUGGGCUCUGAACAGCAACAUACCACUGGAGACCAGGCACUUCCUCUUCAAGCACGGCUCUGGAUCCUCAACUCUCUUCAACGCCACCAAUCAGAACUACCCGCUGACCUCCAGCACGGUUUACUCUCCUCCGCCCAGGCCGUUACCCAGAGCCCCACUGUCCAGGCCACUGUUCUCCUUCAGUAAACCCUACCGCUGCUGUAACUGGAAGUGCACGGCUCUGAGUGCCAGCGCCGUCACCAUCACGCUCGCCCUGCUGCUCACUUACGUCAUCGUAGUGAAUCUGCUGGGGUUGCCGUGGAGUCUGCGCAGGUUGGAUGCCGAGUUGUUUGAGAACGGUAAAGCCGGACGCUCACAGGAGGAGGGAAAUGACCUCAUCUCUACAGCACAGCUCCCAACACCCAACACCUCACACACAGAUAAGGACCCGUUACAGCGUGGGCGGGGCAUUGACAGAGGUGAAGUGGACAUCGGGAUGCAGAUGGUGCAGGUGAUUCCCCCCGGGCAGUUCUGGAGGUUCAGUGUGGUGGUCCAGCACCCGGAGUACGUCCGCUUUAACAUCACACACACACAUAACGCCUUGCUCGGAAUCUACGGAAGAAGGAACCUACCGCCCACACACACACAGUUCGACUUUGUGAAGCUGCUGGAUGGAAAGCUGAAGCAGGAAUCUCGGAUUUCCGACUUUACCAAAGUUUCCAGCGGUUUGCUGACUGCCCUUCAGGAAACCGUGUUCAUGGAAUAUCUGGAUCUGGGCAACUGGCACCUGGCCUUCUACAACGACGGACGCAAAAUGGAGCAGGUGCAGGUGCACAGCACGGCAGUUGAAAUGAUGGACGGUUGCUCCACUAACUGUAAUGGAAAUGGAGAGUGUGUCGCUGGUCACUGUCACUGUUUCACCGGCUUCCUCGGACCCGACUGUUCCAAAGACUCGUGCCCGGUGCUGUGCAGUGGUAAUGGCGAGUAUGAGAAGGGCGUGUGUGCGUGUCGAGUGGGCUGGAAGGGGGCGGAGUGUGAGGUGGAAGACGGUCAGUGUAUCGACCCCACCUGCUCCAACAACGGCGAGUGUGUGGACGGGACCUGUGUGUGUGCGCCCGCAUUCAAAGGCAACAACUGUGAGGAAGUGGACUGUGUUGACCCGACAUGUUCAGGUCGUGGUGUGUGUGUGCGUGGCGAGUGUGUGUGUUCUGCAGGUUGGGGCGGGGAGGUGUGUGAGACUCCUCUGCCAGCUUGUAAAGAGCAGUGCUCCAGACACGGCACGUACAACCCCGAAACAGGAGUGUGUGUGUGUGAACAGGGCUGGACUGGAACAGACUGCUCCACAGAGGUGUGUCUGCUUCCCUGCAGUGUUCAUAGUGUGUGUGCUGGUGGGCGGUGUCAGUGUGAGGAUGGGUGGGAGGGGCCUACCUGUGACAGGCAAGCCUGCCAUCCGAGCUGUGAAGAGCACGGGGAGUGCAGGGAUGGGCAGUGUGUGUGUCACCCUGGCUGGGAAGGAGAGCACUGCACUAUAGCGCAUUACCUGGAUUUGCUUGAUAAAGAUGCGUGUCCUGGUCUGUGUAAUGGAAAUGGUCGCUGUACUCUGGAGCAGAGUGGAUGGCACUGUGUCUGUCAGUCUGGCUGGAGUGGUCCAGGCUGUAACAUCGUCAUGGAAACGCAGUGCAAUGACAGUGGAGAUAAUGAUGGAGAUGGUUUGGUGGACUGUGUUGAUCCAGACUGCUGCAGCCAGCAAGUGUGUGCAAACUCUCCGCUCUGCCAGGGGUCACCUGACCCCCGUGACAUCAUCCAACAGAACCAUGCCCCCUUUGGGCCACGCCCCUCCCUGCAGUUCUUCGACAGAGUGCAGUUUCUAGUCAGAAGAGGCAGUACACACAUACUGCCGGGGGAUCUGCCAUAUGACAGCAGUCGUGUUUGUGUGAUUAGAGGACAGGUGGUCUCAUCUGAUGGAACUCCUCUGGUUGGUGUGAAUGUCACCUUUCAGCAGAAUCCAGAGUACGGGUACACACUCAGCCGGCAGGACGGCAGUUUUGACCUGCUGGCAGUUGGGGGCGUGUCCAUCACCCUGCUUUUCCAGAGAGCACCUUUCCUACCCCUGACUCGCUCUCUCUGGUUGCCAUGGAAUCAGUUUGUCGUGUUGGGGAGUGUCAUGAUGUCCCGCUCUGAACCCCGCCCUCCUGUCUGCGAGGACAAGAACCUGAUUGGUCCUAAUCCCACAGUACUCCCCGCCCCUCUCACACUAUUCGCCGGAAACUGCCAGGAAAGGGGGCCUGUCAUACCUGAGCUACAGGCGGUUCAGGAGGAGAUAGAGAUAGCUGGAAGCUUUCUGAAGCUCAGCUACCUCUCCACUCGUUCUCCAGGUUAUCGCUCUCUCCUGCGUGUUAUCCUCACACACUCCCUGCUGCCGGUGGGUCUGGCUAAAGUCCACCUGUCCGUCAGUGUGGAGGGAACGCUGGUCACUAAGUGGUUUCCUGCCUCUCCAAACCUCAUCUAUGUCUUCUCCUGGAACAAAACUGACGUCUAUGGGCAGCAGGUCACCGGGCUGGUGCAGGCACUGGUCUCUGUAGGGUAUGAAUAUGAGUCAUGUCCAGACUUCAUCAUCUGGCAGAAGCGGACGGCACAGCUGCAGGGGUUCGAGCUGAUCUCCUCUCACCUGGGCGGGUGGGCACUGGACAAACACCACACGCUGAACCUGGAGAGCGGGAUUCUUCACAAAGGAGAUGGGGAGAACGUCUUUAUUUCCCAGCAGCCUCCCCUCAUUUCCACGGUGAUGGGUACGGGAACAGUGCGUCCGAUUGCGUGUCCGAGCUGUAAUGGUCCGGCGGCUGAGCGGAAACUCUUUGCUCCUGUGGCUUUAGCAUGCGGAUCAGACGGGAGCAUAUAUGUCGGAGAUUUUAACUUUAUCCGGAGAAUUCUACCUAAUGGAUUCACCGUCAGCAUCCUGGAGCUCAGAAACAGAGAUAUCAGACACAGCACCAGUCCGGCUCAUAAGUACUACCUGGCUCUGGACCCAGUGAGCGAGGCUCUGUACGUGUCGGACAGCAGCAGUCGGAGGGUUUUGAGGCUGAAGGCUGUGACUGAGCCGCGAGAUCUGAGCCGGAACGCCGAGGUUUUGGCCGGCAACGGAGAACAGUGCACGCCGUUCCACCCCAACCAGUGCGGAGACGGGGGCAAGGCCACUGAAGCCUCGCUAAUCAGUCCCCGAGGCAUUGCUGUGGAUAAGUACGGUUCUGUUUACUUUGUGGAUGGAACAACAGUCCGGAAAAUUGACAAAGGGAUCAUCACAACAGUGAUGGGAUCUAAUGGACUCACCUCCACCCAACCAAUCAGCUGUGACACACAUAUGGACAUCAGCCAGGUACGUCUUGAGUGGCCAACCGACCUGGCCAUCAGUCCGCUGGAUAACUCCCUGUAUGUGCUGGACAAUAACCUGGUGCUGCAGGUCAGCGAGGCCGGAUUGGUCCGUGUUGUUGCCGGGAGACCGAUCCACUGCCCGCUUGCUAUUACUGACCCCACAACACUGGGCCCGGCGUCCACACGGUUAAUGCUAGAGGGAGCCAAAGCCAUUGCCGUCAGUCACCAGGGAGUGCUGUACAUCGCCCAGACUGAUGACAGGAAGCUCAGCCGCGUCCUGGAGGUCAACAGCAACGGGGAAAUGUCCACUGUCGCCGGGACAGCCAGCGAGUGCGACUGUAAGAUCGAUCCAGACUGUGACUGCUUCUCAGGUGAUGGAGGUUAUGCUCGGGAUGCUAAGCUCAAGUCCCCCUCCGCCCUGGCCGUGUCUCCGAACGGGACUCUUUACAUUGCCGACCUGGGUAAUGUCCGUGUGCGCUCUCUGGUUGCCAGGCGACCACGGCUGACCUCUGACCUCCUGUACGAGGUGAUGUCCGUGGCCCAGCAGGAAGUUUAUCUGUUUUCCCCUAACGGCAGUCACCUCUACACACGCUGCCUUGUCACCGGGGACUAUCUGUACAACUUUACCUAUGUGGGGGCGGGUCUGAUCUCCGCGGUGACGGCCAGUGAAGGGGGCGCGGUCCAGGUGAGGCGGGACUCUAACGGAGCUCCGCUGUGGCUGGUCACACCUGGCGGACAGGUGUACUGGCUGAACCUGAGCAGCGCAGGUACACUGAGGAGAGUCUCCGCCCUCGCUCACGACCUUGCCCAGAUCAGUUACCACGGAAACACGGGGCUACUUGCAACCAUGAGCAACGAAAAUGCCUGGACCACUGUCUAUGAGUAUAACUCUGAUGGCCACCUCAUCAAUGUAACACUGCCAACGGGAGAGGUGAGCAGUCUUCAUGGAGAUAUGGGCAAGUCCGUCAAGGUGGAGGCUUUAACUUCAAACCGGGAAAACUUCAUUACCAUCACCAACCACUCAGAGGACAACACCAUAUACACACUCAGACAAGCUCACUCUGUCAGUGUGUAUCGAGUCAGUGGUGAUGGAUCUCUGUGGGUGACCUAUGCCAGUGGGAUGGACGUUACUUUGAGCACUGAACCUCAUCUGUUGCCGGGGGCGUUGCCAGGGGUGACACCAGGGGUGGUUCACCCCACUGUUGGCAGGUGCAACAUCACGUUGCCGGGGGAACAGAUCCACAGCAUCAUCGAGUGGAGGCAGAGACGAGAGCAGGCCAGGAACUACAGUACCUACGAACGCAGAUUGAGGGCUCACAACAGGAACGUUCUCUCUAUAGACUAUAACCAGGCGUCUCGUGUAGGAAAGGUGUAUGAUGAUCAUCGUAAGUUCACCCUGCGGCUUCAGUAUGAUGAUCGAGGUCGGCCGGUGCUGUGGGCUCCCAGUAAGUUCAGUGAUGUUCGAGUCAGUUACACCAACGACGGCCUGCUGGCCUCAAUCCAGAGAGGAAACUGGAGUGAACGCAGGGAUUACGACAACAGCAGGCUAAUCAGCAGAACCUGGGCUAACGGCAAAACCUGGAGCUACAGCUUUCAAGAGAAGUCUGUCCAGCUACUGCUGCACAGUCAGAGGCGCUACACGUUUGAGUAUGACCAGACAGACUACCUCAUGUCCAUCACCCUGCCCAGCAUGGUCAAACACGGCCUGCAGACAGCGCUGUCCAUCGGUUAUUACAGAAACACCUACACACCCCCGGAUGCCCCGGGUCACGCACUGGUGCAGGAUUACACCCCCGAUGGGCGGCUGCUGCAGACGCUGUACAUGGGUUCAGGUAGACGAGUGCUGUACAAGUAUAGCAGGACUUCCAGGCUCAGUGAAAUCCUCUACGACUCCACGCUGGUCAGCUUCACUUACGACGAGUCGUCUGGAGCCAUCAAGACUGUCCACCUCAUGCAGGAGGGCUUUGUGUGUACUAUACGAUACAGGCAGACCGGUCCGUUGGUUGGCCGACAGAUCUACCGCUUCAGCGAGGAAGGUCUAGUAAAUGCCCGCUUUGAUUACAGCUACAACAACUUCCGGGUCACCAGCAUGCAAGCAAUGAUCAACGAGACGCCGCUCCCCAUUGACCUUUACCGCUACGUGGACGUGUCGGGCCGGGUCGAGCAGUUCGGCAAGUUCAGCGUCAUUAGCUACGACCUCAAUCAGGUCAUCACCACGCACGCCAUGAAACACACCAAAAUCUUCAACCCCAAUGGGCAGGUGGUGGAGGUGCAGUACGAGAUCCUGAAGUCCAUCGCGUUCUGGAUGACGCUGCAGUACGAUAACCUGGGCCGCAUUGGGAACUGCGAUAUCCGCAUUGGUGUUGACGGUAAUAUCACGCGCCGCUCGUACGAGUAUGACGCAGAUGGCCAGCUUCAGUCGGUUGCCAUCGACGACCGGCCUCAGUGGCGCUACAGCUACGACCUUAAUGGCAACAUCAACCUGCUCAGUCAUGGCAACAGUGCUAGGUUGACCCCACUGCGUUACGACUUGCGGGAUAGAAUCACGCGGCUGGGAGAGAUCCAGUACAAGACGGAUGACGAUGGAUUCUUGCGAGUCCGUGGGAACGUGGUCUUCGAUUAUACUUCCAACGGCCUCCUGGCGGGGGCACUGGACCGGGACAGUGGUAAGCGGGUCUGGUAUCGGUACGACGGCCUGGGAAGACGGGUUUCUACCAGAACAAGUGACGGGGCACUUCUGCAGUUUUUCUACGCAGAUUUGAAUGAACCCACCAGAGUCACCCACUGGUACAACCACACAGCGUCUGAAAUCACUUCCCUCUACUAUGACCUGCAGGGCCACCUCAUCGCUAUGGAGAUGAGCAGCGGUCAGGAGUUCUACAUAGCCUGUGACGCGGCUGGAUCCCCGCUAGCCAUCUUCAGCAGCCGAGGCCAGGUGGUCAAGGAGCUUCGCUACACGCCUUACGGAGAUGUCUACAGGGACUCUAACCCGUCAUUUCAGCUCCCAUUUGGCUUCCAGGGUGGACUCUACGACCCCCUGACUCGCUUGGUGCACCUCGGCCGACGUGACUAUGACGUGGUUGCCGGGAGGUGGACCACACCCAAUCAUGACCUGUGGGCGGAGGUGAGCGCUGACCCCAAGCCAUUUAACCUGUAUGCCUUCAAGAACAACUACCCCCUUGGUGCCCUCCAAGACGUCACAAAGUUUACAACAGAUAUUAGCAGCUGGCUUCAGCUCUUUGGCUUCCAGCUUCACAACGUGGUUCCCGGGUUCCCCAAGUUGCCGGUGGAGAACACAGAGCAAACGUACGAGAUGAUGAACGUUCAGAGCCGCACGCACAGCUGGGACCCCAGCAAGGUCGUUCUUGGUAUCCAGUGUGAGCUUCAGAAACUCCUGCAGAACUUCAUCUCUCUGGACCGCCUCCCCAUGACCCCGGCCAAAAGCAAGCCUGGAGGUCUACGAGGGCGGAGCCCGAGAUUCUCUGCCCUUUCCUCCAUCUUCGGCAAAGGUGUGAAGUUUGCCGUGUGCGCCGACGGAGUGAUCAGUGCUGAGAUCAUCGGUGUGGCCAGCGAGGACAGCCGGCGCAUCGCUGCGGUGAUGAACGGCGCAGUGUACCUGCGGGGAGUGCGCUUCACUGUGGAUGGCCGAGACACGCAUUAUUUCACCAAGGACAGCCCACUGGAGGCUGACCUGGGCGUGGUCUGGGGAGGAAGUGGAGCUGCGGGGGGAGGGGCCAGGGUCCUAGAGAAUGGCGUCAAUGUUUCGGUGUCUCAGAUGAGCGCAGUGGUCGCCGGGGAAACGAGGAGAUUUGCAGAUCUGGUUCUCCAGCAGGGGGCGUUGUGCUUCAACAUCCGCUAUGGGGCAACGCCGGACGAGGAACGAACACGAGUGCUGGAGGGUGCGCGGCUCAGGGCGGUGACGGGGGCGUGGCUGCUGGAACAGAGGCGGGUCAGGGAUGGGGAAGGAGGGGCGAGGGUGUGGACAAAUAAGGAGAAGGAUGAGCUUCUGUCAGAUGGGCACGUCUCGGGUUAUGAAGGAUUUUACGUUUUGCCGGUCGAACAGCAUCCAGAGCUAGCGGACAGUCCGUUUAACAUACAGCUGAUUAGGCAGACUGAUGCAGGACGUAGGUAACGGCGGCAUCACACAACACACACACACACACACACACACCACUAUAACAGAGUGAUUCAUUUCUGGUCUAGAAGGUUCUAGGAGAUCAACAGAGGUGAGUGAUAUUCUUACUGUAACACACCUGGUUCUCGGAAGCAACAAAAUCAUACUAAAGUCUUAAUAACAGAUUUUAAUACACUACAGUAUAUGUAAUGUUCAUAUAAGCUGUAUCAUUCAGACAGACACAGAAAACAAUGGCUUCUGUCGUUCAUUAUAAAAUGUUUGAUGGUGCUCUAUCAUGUUUCUAUUAUCCGUACAAUCAUUCUGACCAACUGUAAUCCACAACAGGGGGCAUAUGAGAUGAUGUGGCUACUAUUGUCUAUUUUAUAGAGCUAUUUUAUGUUUGAAUAAUUCCCACAACCUGUCUACAUGAGCAAAGCUACUAUUCUACUUGCUUUCUAAUUGUUUGCUCCAUGAAAGACCAAUGCAGAACAUUAUAAGUAAGAAAAACAACAAAAGGCAAAGAACAGAAGAACCUGGACCCAGUACUAUCAGCCAGUGCUGCCAAAAAUAUCAGAUCAUUUAUUAGAACGAUCAGUGAAUCUCCAGGAUUACCAGGUGUGUUGGAGAAGGGAAAUCACUAACUAUGCUGGUAUUUGAUUUCUGCAGUCAGAAAUGAAGACCUCUGCACUAUAGUAUCUCAGCUUUUUUCUAUGAAGUAGACAAGACAAAAGGUCUUUGAAAUGUGACAGAUGAUUGGAUUGUAUUAUUUCAGUUUUUUAAGGAUGUGCACUAUUCGUGAGUUUUACCUUUGUUUGAUUUUUAUAUAUCAUUUUCUGUGUUCAAUUUUUCAUUGAAAUACUGUUUGUGGCUUAGAUGUUCUUACACGCGAAAGGACCUUCGGUUUCCAAUCAAAGGCCUUUAGGUUUUCUAUGUGCUGAGAAGAUUAGGAAAUCCCCCUUGUGAAUAAUCAAACUGCAGUCUUAUUAUUGUGGAGCAUUCAGCAAGUCUCGAGUGUUACUAUUCAAGGUAAAAUUUACGAACAUGAAUAUCGGACCGGACAAAAGACCAGAGACUUCAGAUCAAUGGAUGGAGCAUUCACUCAGUUCAGGAUAAUUGAAUGGAAAAGGUCAAAAUGACCUUUCAGGGUUUGUUAGUUUGUUUGUUUUUUCUUCAGAUAUGCUUGGUAUUAAAAUGCCCCAUAAAAUCAACUUUUAAAAUGAAAUUUACUUUUUGGAAUUUCCCAACGUCAUUUUUUUGGAGGUCUUCCGGAAUUAUUGGUUCUAAAUCAUUGGCUCAAAUAAUCUUCCUCAAUCAGCUGUUCAAAUGGCCUUUCGGGACUGACUAUCUCUUCUGGGAUCAUCUCUUCACAUGGCCUUCACAUGGGAUCACUGAUUUAGAUCCCCUUCUGAAAUCAUUGAAUCUGUUUAAAUGGAUUCUGUGGAUUAACAGUAAAAAUGGCAUUCCAGAAUCCUUGGUUCAAAUGGCCUUCCAGAAUCCUUGGUUCCACUGGCCUUCCAGAAUCAUUGGUUUAAAUGGUCUUCUGGAAUCAUUGGUUCGAAUGCCCUUCUGGAAUCAUUGGUUCAGUUGGCUUUCCAGAAUCAUUGGUUUGAAUGGCCUUCCGAAACCAUUGAUUUGGGAAGGCCAUUCGAAUCAAUGAUUACGGAAGGAUUACGAACCAUUGAUUCGGGAAGGCCAUUCGAAUCAUUAAUUCGAAUGGCCUUCCCGAAUCAAUGGUUCGAAUAGCCUUCCAGAAUCAUUGGUUCAAAUGCCCUUCCGGAAUCAUUGGUUCAGAUGGCCUUCCACACUCAUUGGUUCAGAUGCCCUUCCGGAAUCAUUGGUUUGAAAGGCCUUCCUGAAUCAUUGGUUCGAAUGGUCUUUGGGAAUCAUUUUUCCGAAUGGCCUUCCAGAAUCAUUGGUACAAAUGGCCUUCCACUAUCACCUGUCAAAACCCCAUUCCGGAAGCAUCUGCUGUCUUCUGGAAUAGUGGUUUUAACUGCCUUCUAGAAUCAUACGUUAACACGUUAAAACGGCCUUCUGGAAACACUCGCUAUAAUGGACUUCCAGACUCGUCCGUCCGGAAUCACUCCGGAAUCACCUCUUCAGUCACCUUCCUUAAAUGACUUUGCGUUCUGGAUUUACUUUGUUUAAAUGGGCUUUUCAGAAUCUCCCGUUUAAACAGCCUUCCCGGAUCCUUCAGUUUCCACGUCUGCUGCUGACUGUGAGGCCAGUGCUGCCUGUGCCUGCAAACUACUGAUAAUGACUGUGAUGCUAGGAGACACAGGGAGAUGUAUAUAGUUCUUUAGCAAGUGCUGAACCACACGACAUACUGCUUAAGCUCUACAACCAACUGACUUCAGGUAUCAGGUUUUACCUUCACGGAAAAGGGAACCCAAUCAAAGAAACCUGGUCACCCCCCGGACCUUGGAACCUUGGAACUGCUGGAGAUAUGGAGUUUGUUUCACUACCGACGGAUUAGAGAUGUGUUCAUAAAGCUGUUAAAUAGCAAGAAAAAAAAGUGUUUUUGAUAAAAUUGUGUACAGUGUACUUUUUGAUAUGUAGAGAUAUGAAAUGUUAUCUAUGUGGAACUCGUGCCUUUCCGCUCUAAAGGAAAACGAUAGCAAGUACGGAGUUGUAAAUCACCCACACAGUGUAUGUUUCAGUAUUAGCUGUAUGUUUUUUUUAAAGGUUGUGUUAUGACUCGACAGUCCCGACAGCUAGCAAACGUCCAAAAGAACAGCGCUAAGCUAACGGCGCUAAGGUGGAAAAGGGCGUUCGAGAUACAAAGAUGUUACUGUCGAAUGUGCGUUUGAUUCUCUGAAUUCUCUGGAACUGGAAUGAAUUGUAUUUAUUUGGUUUGAGACUUUGGUUUGAGGCGUUAAGUGUCUGCACACCACGGUUGGCUAAGAUUUACCUGUGUGUGCAUGAAUUAUUUCCCAGUAAUGAACAGAACAGCGGUCAUCAUUUUAGCAGCUUUGCAUUUAUAAAGAAAAGUGUUUACAUGGUUUUACCUUCCUCAGUUUAGCUAGACCUUUUUUUAAACUUAUGGUCCAGUCGUUGAUUCAUGUUAUGAGAAACUACCUUGGGUUGGAUUUUGAUGGAUUUUUGUGAGCAGCGUCCUAAAAAUAAAGGUACUUCAAAGAAUUCUUUGAACGAUGCCAUAUUAGAACCGUGUUUUGUUCCUAAAAAGCCUCAUGUUUGUUUAAAAAAAAAAACUAUUUAAAUUGGUAAAGAACCUUUAAAAGAUUCUGCAAACACAUCACUGUUACAAGUAUGUUUUUUAUGGCAUCAAAGAACCGUUUGCAGCAUCUUUAUUUUUAUAAGUGUGAACAAGUUAAUGGAGAUGCAUGUGGUUUGUAUGGGGCAUCCAAGUGGGCUACGAUUUAAGCUUUAAAUAUUGAGCCCAAAAAUUAUGAUGAUGAAACGUAUUAUAUUAAUAUUUUUGAGAACGAAACACUAUAAUAAUAAAAUAAAUAAAUAAUAAUUUAAAAAAAAAAUGAUAAAAACAACACCCAUCACAAUGUUGGCUCGACCAGCCACAAAUUGGCUACCUUGCUUUUGCACUUAUAUUUUUAAUACUUCUGAAGAUGAGAAAAAUACAAUGAACUGACUAUUUAUUACACUUGUAAAGUAAUUUAUUAUACUUAAAAUUAUAUAAAUUAAAGGUCAUUUGUAAUUUAAGUACUAAUAUAAUUGUAGAUUGGGUUGUACUUGAGUCCUAAAGCAGACCACAAGUCGGCAAUCAAAGGUUAUGUCCUGCAAAAUGCACAUUAACUGAUUAUAAGGUCAUUAUUUAAUGGAAAGGCUCUCAGGACGUUACCUGUUUGUGGUCUAUACAGUGUUAUCUGACACAUUCUGAAACUGAAGUGUAUUUAUCCUGUCGACACAAUGAAGAGAAAUCUUUAAUUGACAUGAUAAGACAACAAGAUACCUUUACUUUAAUAAAAAAAAAAACAAGUUCAGCCAUUUAUUUCCAGUAUAAGAGCAGGAAAUUCAUUCUCCAGUAUUGUUUUAUGUUCGAGAUAUCCCUGUGUAUUUAUGAAAAGGAUGACUAAAAUGCAGCCUCUGAGUUAAAGGGAGAACAUAAAGGUGUUUGAGACGGUCUCGCUUGAGAAAUUAGAACCUUAAAGCCACAAUCAGUUUGUAUUAAUGUGCAUAAAAUUACAGUUGAAGUUGAUUGGAGGAUUUGCAGCUGUGUUCACUCCAGAACAAAUUACAUACCAAGCUAUGACAGGCACUGCACUUUCAUUUCAUUACACAUGCAUAAACAUUGAACAAUGUGUUUAUAAAGCAGUGCUUCAGCGUUUCUCAACAGCUUAUUUUUACUAUCAAGCUAAAAUCUAUGUAUGUUCAUAUUUGACAUUUUUUAGGUUUUGUCAUAAUGUGAUUCUGGCAGUUGUAAAAAAAUUAAAAUGUCAAAUCGCUCAAAAUUAAUGAUUUUUUUUCUUCAUUUUUACUUUAACUAUCACUGAAAGUUAAAAGCUGCUUUUUUGCCCCUAAAUAAAAAAAAAAAACUAAAAGAAAAAAAUUAAGAUACCAGAGAAGAUGAAGUUAAUGUCAUUAUAUUGACAUUGAGGCCAUUAAACAAAAUGUAGAUCUUGUGUUUUAUCUUAUUUUUUUAUUUAUUCCCAAAUUUGUAGAUUUUGUAGAUGUCAAAUCUCCAUAAAUACAAAUACAACAAGUGUCUGUUACAAUUAUAACACUUUCCUGCAGGGUGCUGAUAUCUACAUAAAGCUUAUAUUUAAUAGAUUACCCUACUUUAAUGAUAAAUGUACAGUAUUUAACCACUAAAUUCUAAAAAGCAUGUGUACAUUAAGUGUACAUUAAAGCUGCUUUUGUUGUAGUGUUUUUUUGCAGUGUGUUUCACCACUAGGGGCCCUGUCUUACAGCCUGUGCUGUAGUUGUGUUGCGUUGCUCAUUGCUGUCUAAAACCCCAACAACAGUCUAUUUUCAUCCCAUCCGCCUGUGCCGCUAGAUCAAGCUGUGCAGGGCGUGAUUGACGGCUCCCCUAUAGGUUGCUGAAAUAGGGCCCCGAUAGUGUUUGAACAAGUGAUUCUUGUUCGAAUAAACCUUUAUAAAUGGUUAUGUAGGUUUAUAUCAGCUGUCAUGGGAAUAUUAGCUGGAGGUCAUAUUAAGCUGGUUAGCCUAUAGUCCUAUAGUGAAGCAGCCUUAUAUCCAUUCCUUCAUCACAUCCUUCAUAAAACAUUUUAUGAAGAUGUUUUACGUGCAAACUAUCGGUUUAUAAAUGCAUUAUUCAGUUCAGUGUCUAUGCAUGUGCAAUGGCAUCCCAAUGUAGGCAGCCUUAGUGUUUAAAAUGAAAUAAAAUGAAUCACUUUUUAUUAAAGUAUUUCCACAGGCUACAUUUACAUUAUAUUGUGAAAUGCAGAACCUGAAGACGAAUAAUAAUAAGAUUUUAUUAAGAGUCUGAUACAGAUGAAGAAUUGUCUGAUUGUGGCUUUAAGUGGCUGAAGUGUCUCUAUCUUUAUUUCCUGACCUGCUGUGCUCUGAGAGCUGUUGAAUGACUGGCUGUGAUGCAUAAGGUUAAUUAAGAGCUGUAGAAAACUUCAUAUUUGAAGACAAGGUACUUUGGGCAUCAAGACUUUUGAUAAAUAAAUAUGUAAAUUGUACAAUUCA